AUGAAAUUAAAUGAAGCAGAAUUUAUUGAAAGUGUAAAGUUUGAAUAUACAAUUAAAAAAUGUUCAAUCCCAUUAUUAUUAAAAAAUUUUAAAUCAUUGUUUCCAAACGAUUUAAAAAAUUUAAUUGAUACCAAUGGCGAUAAAAAUAUUGGUUGUAUGGAUGAUGAAAAUAAAUCCCCACUUUAUUUAAUUAUUUGUUGGUCACAAACAAAUUUACCAAUGUCUGGCUUUUCAUCUGCUGUUGAUGAAGAAAGAGAACUUCGUUCAAAUUUGUUUGUUGAUGUAGCAACUAAAGUUUGUGAUAAUAUUAAAAAAAAAGGGUAUUGGUCCGAUUUCAUUGAUCCAUUAUCAGGUGUUCCUUAUAUAAAUAGAGAAAAUGCAAACUCUGUCUUUGUUCCAACAGAGUCUGUUCAAUUAAUGGAUAUCGAAAUUGUUGAUGUUGGUUGUUGUCAAGUUAUAAUACACCCAAUUUGGAAAGUUAGAGCUUUUUUUUCACUUUUAAUUUCAACUGCACCCUUUGACAUAUUGGACCAAGCAUUACAUUCAAAUUGA